GACGGCAACCGAGGAUGAUCCCCGGUGCAAUCGAUCGAUCUGCAGGAAGCCGAUAUAAAAGCUGACGUCGAUCGAUCGAGGAUCUCAGUCAUUGAUAGUGUUCGAAGUGGUGGCAAGUUAGGUACACUAUCCAGAGCUGUGCUGCUGCCAUUGUUGGAAGCUCUCUCCCCUUCCGUGACUCUUCGGUGCCUGUGGCUUUUGUCCGAUCUUUCCGCGCCUCACCUCAGUAACCCCAGCCAGCCACAAUGUGUGACGACGAUCAGGGAGCGUUGGUCAUCGACAAUGGAUCCGGCAUGUGCAAGGCUGGCUUCGCCGGUGACGACGCCCCGCGUGCCGUAUUUCCCUCGAUUGUGGGCCGCCCCCGUCACCAGGGUGUGAUGGUCGGUAUGGGACAGAAGGAUGCUUACGUCGGCGACGAGGCACAGUCCAAGCGUGGUAUUUUGACGCUGAAGUAUCCGAUUGAGCACGGCAUCAUCACGAAUUGGGACGACAUGGAGAAGAUUUGGCAUCACACGUUCUACAACGAGUUGCGUGUCGCUCCGGAGGAACAUCCGGUGCUGCUGACGGAGGCUCCGCUGAACCCAAAGUCCAACCGUGAGAAGAUGACUCAGAUUAUGUUUGAGACGUUCGCCGCUCCAGCGGCCUACGUCGCCAUCCAGGCCGUGCUGUCUCUGUACGCAUCCGGUCGUACCACCGGUGUUGUACUCGACUCCGGAGAUGGUGUCUCGCACACUGUACCCAUCUAUGAAGGUUAUGCUUUGCCACACGCUAUUCUGCGUAUGGACUUGGCUGGUCGCGAUUUAACUGACUAUUUGAUGAAGAUUCUGACCGAACGUGGCUACUCUUUCACCACAACUGCCGAGCGUGAAAUCGUUCGUGAUAUUAAGGAAAAGCUGUGCUACGUCGCUCUGGACUUUGAGCAGGAAAUGCAGGCCGCCGCUGCUUCUUCGUCUUCGGAGAAGUCCUAUGAACUGCCCGAUGGACAAGUCAUCACUAUUGGCAACGAGCGCUUCCGCGCCCCAGAAGCCCUGUUCCAGCCAUCCUUCCUGGGAAUGGAAGCCACCGGUGUCCACGAAACUGUCUACAACUCGAUCAUGCGUUGCGACGUUGACAUCCGUAAGGAUCUGUAUGCCAACAGUGUACUGUCCGGAGGAACCACCAUGUAUCCAGGUAUUGCCGAUCGUAUGCAGAAGGAAAUCACUUCGCUGGCUCCGUCGACCAUCAAGAUCAAGAUCAUUGCCCCACCGGAACGUAAGUACUCCGUCUGGAUCGGUGGAUCCAUCUUGGCUUCGCUGUCCACCUUCCAAACGAUGUGGAUCUCCAAGCACGAGUACGAUGAGGGUGGCCCAGGAAUCGUCCACCGCAAGUGCUUCUAAACAUCGACCCUCAUCGCUGUCACCAUACGUUCGACUACUAAUAAAUACAACAAGAACUGCCAUUAUCAUGACCACUGCCCGGGCGUACCACCUCGCUACUACCAUAUCGGAGCGGGUUCGCGGGCAGUGGGUACAAGUGUCCAUUUUUGCUACUACUUCUACUACUAUUGCUACUACAACUACUUCUGCUAUUUCUACUAUUAUCAUAAGGGUUUAUUUCUGAAGAAAAAAAAAUAUGCACGUCACUAAAUA